AUGUCCACCAUGUCCCUGCACUCUUACUCGUCCGGGAUGGUUCAAGAAAACUCCAAUAUGAGUGAUAUAGACUAUCUGAUGACCACCAUAGACCCAUUCGGAUUUUCCAAUGAUACUGGAAACGUCACCAGAUGCCGGUCUGUUCACGAUAAAGAGUACAACAAAAAAAUCAGGAUCAUCAACUUGUACAUAACUUUGAUCCUAGGGACACUCGGAGGCAUCAUGGUGUUAGCGUGGAUGUCCAACAACCGCCGUCUAAAGACUAGGAUGAACAGUCUGUCACGCGUAAACAGUUUCAUACUUAACCUGACCAUUGCUGAUUUAGCUGUAAUGUUCCUUGCAGUUCUGACCCAGCUGAUAUGGGAAUACCAGGACAAUCGAGAAUGGAGAGCUGGGGCAUUUCUCUGUAAGAUGGUAAAGUUUUGUCAGAGUUUCACUCUGAUGGCUAGUACAAAUAUGUUAGUGGUCAUUGCCAUUGACCGUCACCAGGCGAUAUUGCGUCCAUUGAAGACACCUAUUGCGGUGUGGAAAAUGGCCGGUGCAGGUUGGGCAGUAGCAGCCUUAGGGUCCCUACCGAUGCUGUACGUGUUCCGAACGAACGUCGUUGGUGGUGUUCAGAAGUGUGAGAACAUAUUCAGAGAUCUCCCAAGAUCUCACAGAAAGGCAUUCCUAACCUAUGCUGCUGUUAUCGUAUUCCUAAUCCCAAUAUGUCUCCUCAUUUUCUGCUAUACUAGUAUCUUUCUGAAGAUAGCUCGGAAGGCAAAGGAGAGCCAGACUUCAAAGCGACACUCCAUAAAGCCAGGGAAGAUACAUCUUCAAAGUACAAACUCUAAUUCUUUACCAAAGGCAAAAAUCAAGACAUUGAAAAUGACCUUUGUCAUUGUCGUAGUGUUUCUCGUGUGUGGAAUUCCAUACUUUAUUGCCGAGAUGAUCAUGUCAUAUGGAGAUCAUUGUAUAAUAUCAGACCUAGUGUACGGAAUCAUUGGCGCGCUGGCGGCUGCGAACUCAGCAGCCAACCCAUACGUCUUCUUAUUGUUUAACUGCAAUGGACGUUACUCUCGUGACCGAAAGAGAUCCAGUUCAGAAGCCAUAGGGAAUUCGACUACUCGGACCGUUUAUUCUACAGCAAGUACUCGUUCUGACUAUGUUGGAGACUCAAAGGCAAUUUACCAACCGUCGAUAAAAUACAAGUGGAAUGCCAAUAGUCAAAACAGCAUGGAGAUGAACUCCAUGCGGUAA